UUAAAUUAUUGAAAAUAAGAAUCAACUAAACAAAAAGGUUAAAUUGUUGAACCCUUGUUUCCUACUACCACCACUCGCUCCCGCUGUUCACUCUCCGUCCCUGCCAGUUAUCCAUAUCCAAAAUGCUGUUCUUCUCGUACUUCAAAGAUUUGGUGGGAAGAGAAGUGACGGUUGAACUCAAGAACGAUUUAGCCAUCAGAGGAACCUUGCAUUCUGUUGACCAAUACCUCAACAUCAAGCUUGAAAACACUCGCGUUGUUGAUCAAGACAGAUACCCUCACAUGCUUUCUGUAAGGAACUGCUUCAUCAGAGGAUCAGUGGUGAGAUACGUACAAUUGCCUCCAGAAGGUGUGGACAUUGAACUGUUGCAUGAUGCCACAAGGAGAGAAGCCCGGGGUGGUUGAUUUGUUAAUCUUGUAAUGUAUCUUGGUAUGAGAAUUCGAUCGGCUGGAAUAUCAUAGAUGUUAUCAUUCCUGCUUAAGAGAAGAAACUAUUACGAAUGUCAAGACUAUGUAACUUAAGCAUCACUCUGUUUUAUACACAACAUAUGCAGUGUUUUAGUACAUGAAUAUCUGAAGUGAUGAAUCUCAUGACAUAUUUGUUGUUCAAAAUUA